GAUUAAUAUUAAUUAUGUGGCAGGGAGACCGUCUUUGGCGCCCCAAUUUUGGCACCAGUCGUCAAAAGGACCGGCAACACUGUCUCAACAACACAGCACAAGCUUUUUAGCUAAUUAGACAUGUCUUGGCAUGUGGUAUCUAGUGACGUCCACGUGACCUUAUAUUUCAUGCUGUUUGCAUCCUUGUACACCUUAGCAGCCAAGGGUUUAGCACUAUAGUGCUACGUAAUUAGUUAACAUAUGUAAAUACAUUUGAUAUGUGCAAAACACUUAUGCUCAGCUGACCCCUGUUUUACGACGCCUACAGGAAAUGGGGAGUUAUUAGUGAUUUUGAAUGAGACCAAGAUGGAGGCCAUACCUGCUCCAAUAAAUUUAAUAGAGAAAUCGUGGAUUUUUUAAAAUCGGACAGAGAGUAGAUGUUAAUUGUAGGCGUGGUGUGUAUUGUUAGUCUAUGAUCAGUUAAUUAAUGAACUAUAGACCACCAUUGUCUUUACUUGCUGUCCGUUGACUGUGUGUGUUUGAGCUACAGUGUACAUACAGUCAUCUUCUAAGGUCAACUAGUGCAGGUACAGUAUUGCAGUGUUUUGCACUGAUCCAUUCAUCUUUAGAAGGAUUAAUUAUUUGAAAAUUACAGAUGGCAUCAUGUGUUGAACUUGAAGACAAACAUGCUCAUGUUUUGCAAGCUAGACUUUGCACUACAGCUGGUGUUGUCGAAUCUCAGGAUGAUGAAUUUUACCAUUAUGUAUUGGAAGGGCUGAGCAAGAAACAACUAUGUCUUAACAGCAAGCAUCUAUAUGAUGACAAGGGAUCUCUACUAUUUGAGGAUGUGUGUGAGCUGGAUGAAUACUAUUUGACAAGAACAGAACUGGCCAUCUUGGAGCAGAACAUUGAUGAAAUAUCUUGUGUCAUUGGUCCCAAUGCUAUUGUUUUGGAGCCUGGCAGUGGUGCUGGAGUGAAGAUCAAAUUACUGUUGAAGGCUCUUCAGUCUCCGUCUGCAUAUGUACCAAUUGAGAUUUCUAGCGAUGCACUGAAGAGGAGCACUGAGAUCUUGCAGAAAGAAUUUCCAAAUCUUGCAAUUUAUCCGGUAUGUGGGGACUUUGCAAGCCACAAUGAGCUUCCACUUGACUUGUGUCAUUAUUAUCGAAUUGUCUUUUUCCCUGGAUCAACUAUUGGCAAUUUUGAUGUUCCUGAAUUUGUUCGUGUUCUGGCGACAUUUGCUGGUCUUGCUGGCAAUGAUGGUGGCUUACUGAUUGGUGUUGACUUGGACAAGGAUCCUGAUGCUUUCCUCAAAGCAUACAAUGAUUCUAAGGGAGUCAGUGCAGCAUUUGCAUUGAACAUUUUGACUCGCAUUAACAGAGAGCUUGGUGGAACAUUUGACCGUGACAAAUUUGAGUACUUGGUUGAGUACAAUGAAAAAAUGCAUCGAAUAGAGGUACGUCUCUCUUCAAGGGUCGAUCAGCUUGUUCAUGUACGUGGUCACUCAUUUCAGUUUAGGAAGGGAGAGUCACCUUUUGUUGGAUAUAUCUAUAAGUUCCGCAUUGCCGAGUUUUGCGACCGUUUGGCAGCUCAUGGCUUUCAAGUUCAAAAGAGUUGGACAGACGACAAGAAAUACUUUGCUGUUAUCUACUGUAACCGAGAUGGUCGACCAUCAUCAUUGUAUGACCCUGAUGUUAUUGCUGAUUCUUAUAAGAAAACAUGGUCUCGGUCUGAUCAACUGUUCAAUAUGUUGAUGUCUGAUGGACUGGUUCAGCAACCGAUUGAGGUUCAACGUCCUUUCAUCUUCUAUCGUGGCCACCUGCCAGGAUUUGCAUAUAUUCAGACCAACUGCAUGAUUCUAGGCAAGGAGGCGUUUUCACCUGAGCUGAAUGCCAUAUUUGAACGAGGUAUCGAUCCCGAAGUCACGAACCCACUUCAGUGUCACAAGCACAGUGACAUUCCACGCCAAUGGCCGACAGCUGCAGAAGUGGAGAAAUAUCUGCAACAAUGUCGUAAGGAGAUCCUGGUUGGAAUCAUUCCACUCAUUGUCAAAGAAGAAAAGGAGUCUACUACAAUGACUCCAUGGAUACGUGGAGGUCGUGUACAUUGUUUUACUAUUGAACACGAGAAGAUGCACCAAGAGACAUUGAUGCACAUGUACAUGCAACUGGAUGUCAAGUACAAACGACCUCAUAAUGACAUCAAGUUUGAUUUUAUGGCCCAAACAAUGACAGAGCCUAAGGUAGUGGCUAUACCUAAAGGGUCUGUUCGACUAGGAGCUGAUUUUUCUACAUCUCCAUUUGGAUGGGACAACGAGUUUCCUUCAUUUGUUGUCAACGUUACUGCUUUCCAAAUCGAUCGUUAUCCAGUUUCAAACGGAGAGUUUCAUGAGUUUGUCUCAUCUGGUGGCUAUGAUAAUUCAUGUCACUGGUUGGAAGAGGAGUGGAAAUGGAAGCAGAAGGCGGGCAUGAAACAUCCAAUAUCCUGGUGUAUCCAUGAUGGCCAGGUUUUUAUUCGUACCUUGUUUGGUAUCGAGAUACCACUUGCUGUAGGAUCAAGCUGGCCUGUGUGUGUAACAUGGGCCGAGGCUUGUGCAUAUGCUCACUGGAAGGGAGGCCGUCUACCGAGUGAAGCAGAAUGGUGUCGUGCAGCAUAUGGCAGUCCCAGUGGAGACGAUGGCCGAGCAUAUCCUUGGGGCAACGAAACACCAACUUCAGAGCAUGGCAACUUCAACUGGCAUUCGUGGUCUCCCAUGCCAAUUGGAUCUCAUCCAAAAGGAAAAUCAGCAUGGGAAGUUGAAGAUCUUAUCGGAGAUGGAUGGGAAUGGACAGGAACACCGUUUGAUCCAUAUGAAGGAUUUGAGCCAAUGAGCAACUACCCUCUAUACUCUGUCGAUUUCUUUUCAAACUCCGACGUCUACCUGGAGAAGCACUAUGUGCUGAAAGGCGGCAGCUUUGUCACUUCUUCUGACUUGGUUCGAAGGUCAUUUCGUAAUUUUUACCAGUCUCAUUAUCCAUACAUGUUUACCACGUUUCGAUUGGUUUACGAAGAAUGAGCUUCUUUGUGACAUUGACCAGUUGCAGUUUUGUUGCUUUUUGAUAGACCGAUCAGUUGUAUACUGUACUUGUGUGACUUUGUUGUUUACUGGUCAUGUUGGUGUGACUGGAACUUUAGCUAAUGGAUCAGUUUUGUGGUGUGUCGAUCACACUUGUGUUGUCUCUCAUGAUCACAUCAGGAGGCUUUCCUUUUGGUGCUUGGUGUCCAGUUAACAGA